AUGGAAGGGCUUUCCAGUGCUUCAGCUGCCUUCGCUGUUAUAUCCCUCGCCGUCCAUUUAGCCGAAAGUGUCAAUAAGCUAGUUGAGUUCUGGCAGGCUAUUGAGGAUGCACCAGCAGAUAUUUGUGACCUCUUCAACGAUUUGAAGCUUUUGUCGGCGGCCCUAAUACAAAAUGGGAAAAAGUUUGCUCAGCAUAGUCCCUAUGAUCCGAUUGCCGAGAGGACCUUAAGCAAAUGUCAAAAGAGAGUUCACGAUGGCCGCAUUUACCUCAUUUUCGUCUCGCAAAAGGAAGUGCGCUGCUCUGAAAUUUACUUUGAAAAAUGA